GACGGAGCAUUGGACGUUCAAGCAAUAGAUGUUCAUGUGCAGAAGUUGAUUGCGAGGAUUGAAAAAUUGGAGCGAGAGAGGAAUCAAUAUCGUGACUCAUUCGACCGAUUGCAACGCAAGACGAGCGAUAGCCACAUCGUUUUGAGUAAGCAGGAGCAUUUGUAUAAGUCGGUUGAGGAAAAGAUGAUUGAUAUGGAAGAGGAGAAGCGUGCGGUCGAGGUGAAACUGACGUCAGCGAAAGAGUUACUGCGUUCGCAGGAAGAGGCGUUGAAGAAGAGGGAGGAGGAGCGUAGUGCGUUGAAGCAGAAAUUGAUAGCGAAUGAGCUGGAGACGCGUGGGAAGGAGGCUCAAAUUAGGCAUUUGAAUGAGCGUGUAAAAAAUUUGCGCGGGGAGUUGGAGAAUUGCCAAAACGAGAAUCGCCAACUCAAAGAGAAAGAAGAGCAGAUGGACGUGAAUAAGAUUGUGCUGGAGUCGAAAAUACGCGAUUACGAUUCGGAGACACAAAAAAUUAAUGUGCUAAUGGAGAAUUUUGAGACUGAACGUCAGAAGCUGAAUGAAUCAGUGAAGAAGUUAGCGUCUGAGCUGAUGACGAGUCAAUCGGAGAAUUCGGAUUUGAAAGAUGAUCUGGAGAGGGCCAAAAAGGAGUUGGCCAAGUUCGAGAGGUCAGAGGUCAACCUGAGGCGAUCGCUUGACGAGCAGAUGAGGAACGUGAAGGAGUGUCAAAAUUUGAGAGAUCGGGUUGGUCGUUUUGAUAUGAUUGGUGAAUUGUAA